AUGAAAUCAGUACGUUGGCAUACACUACAUAUCAAACAAGGUAUUGCAUCUUUUGCUCAAGAACGUAUUUUUCUUGAUGAAGAAAUGCGUUUUUCUAAUAAAACUGCUAUCUACAAUGAAUUGAUUGCUUUAGAAAUUAUUCAAGGUUCAAUAUCAAUAGGUCGUCUGUUAGAAGCUAUUGAAUAUAUUUUAAAUAAACAUAAAAUAUUACAUACAUUUCUUACUUUCAACAAUGAUAAUGGUAUUCUUGAACAACAUAUUGGUGAUAAACAUCAUAUAUUUCAACUUGUUCUCAAUCAAACAUUUAAAAAUGAAAAUGAACUUCAAGAUAUUCUCUAUCAAACAAUUAUUAAUCCUAAUUUAUUUGAUUUAUCCACUGGUCGUGUUUUUCAUUGUGAAGUACUUCGACAAGAACUCAUAUCUAAUAAUGAUAAUAGAUUCAUUACAGAUUCUGAUAUUCUUCUUAUAGCAUUUCAUCAUGCUGCAACAGAUCGAUCAGCUUAUCAACUUUUUCUAAAUGAUCUUUGCUUUGCUUAUAAUACAAAUGUAAAAUGGACAAUUGAUGAGGACUUAUUACAAUAUAUUGAUUAUUCUGUUCAUGAACGUUUAAUUGAUAUGACACCAUCACGUGAUUUUUGGCUUCUAGAAUUGAAAGACUUUGAUUUUGAACAUCGAUUAUCAUUAUCGAUUGAUCUACAUUGUUUAUCUAACGAUCAACGAUCUGGUUUUGCUUCAAUUGCUCAGAUUUCUUUUGAUAAAAAUAUUUCGAAAUCAUUUCUUAAUUAUGUUUCUACACAUCAAACUACUCCAUUUCAAUUAGGUCUGAGUAUAUUAUAUGCUUUUCUUUUCAAAUUAACGCAUGGCGAAAAUGAUUUAUGCAUUUCUUUUCUUAAUGCUAAUCGAUACAGAAGUCAAUUACAAAAUAUGAUGGGAAUGUUCGUCUCAGCACUUCCAUGUCGUAUGAAGAUUAAUUCUCAUUUGUCGUUUGAUGAACUUGUUAAAUGUGUACAAGAAAAAUGUAUAUCAAUUCUUGAACAUUCUCAUUAUCCACUACAAAAUAUUCUAACUGAUAUUAAUGCUCAUCAAUCUAAUGUUUCUUUUCCUCAAACAGUAUUUGAUUUUAUUACUCGAUCUCCUGAUAUUGAUCAAUUAUCUUUCGAUGAUUUCGAUUUAAAACCAAUUGAAUUAAAACAAUCCAUUGAAAUUGCUAAAUUUGAUUUUGCAUUAACAUUUAUUUAUAAUCCAAUGUUAAAUGAUGAGAUGUUAUCAUGUCGUUUUGUUUGUUCACAUGAUCUAUUCGAAGAUAUGACAGUUACAAAAAUUGCUCGACGAUUUCAAUAUCUUAUUGAACAACUAUUUUCAAUGGAUUCUAAUAUUAAUCAAACUGAUAUUCUUGUUGUACCUAUUACUAAACUUACACCAGCAUCAUAUGCUCAAGCACGUAUUUGGCUUGAUGAACGAAUUCGUUUUAAUUCACAAAAUUCACAAGUUGCCAUAUAUAAUAUGCCUUUUCUUCAUCGACUUUCAUCAGGUGGUACUCUAUCAAUAUCUAAACUUCGUCAAGCUUUACAACAUGUUCUUAUAAAACAUUCUGCUCUUCGUACAUCACUCUAUUUCGAUACAAAUAAAAAUAUAUUAAUGCAAAAGAUUAUUGAUCAUACUGAUAAUAAAGAAUUAUUUACAUUUAUUGAAAGUACUUUCGAAACAGAUGAAGAUCUCAAUAAAAUUAUGCAUAAUGAACGUGGUAAUCCAAAUAAUUUUAAUCUAUUAACUGAUGUUGUUUGUCGAUGUCAUGUUGUUUAUUAUAAAAACAUUUCUCAAAAAGGAAUCAUUUUUGAAAAAGAUGUACUAAUCUUUAAUUUUCAUCAUGCUCUAUCUGAUUUUCCAUCAAUGAAAAUGUUUCGUCAAGAUCUUGAUUAUGCUGUGACUGAACAACAAAUGCCGAUGACAGCUGCCAAUGCUUUUUGGCUGGAUGCUCUUCGUGAUUGUAAAAUAGAUCGACCUUUACAAUUACCAUUUGAUCGACAUCGUGUUUCUGACGAACAUCGUACAGGUCGUGGAACUUCAAUUUCAUUUCAAUUUGAUAACGAUUUUACAAAAGCAUUUCUAACUUAUGCAUCAACAUAUAAUAUUAAACUUGAAUAUUUAGUACUUGCUUCUUAUUAUACAUUCUUAUUUAAAUUAGCCAAUAAUGAAAAUGAUAUAUGUAUUCUUAUGAAUAAUCAUGAUCGUUCGAAACCUGAAUUAAUGUCAAUUAUCGGAAUGUUUGUUAAUGCACUUCCAAUGCGAUGUCAAAUUAAUUCUAAUCAUUCAUUUGAUGAAUUUGUACAACAUGUAGAUACAAGAGCAACACAAACAUUCGAACAUUCUUAUUUUCCUCUUCAACGUAUUCUUGCUCAACAUCCACAUGUUUCUCGUCCUACAUUUCUUGAUGUAUUCUUUGGAUUUGUUUCUUUUCCAACUGAACAUAAUCAUGAUGAAGUGACAGUAGGUGGUGUUCCUAUUUAUACUAUGCCUUAUUCAAUUCAAAUAAGUACAUAUGAAACUGCAAGUAAAUUUGAUUUUUCUAUAAAUAUUAUAUAUGAUACAAUAACUGAUCAUUGGUCAUGUUCAAUCGAGGCAUCUCUUGAUUUAUUCAAUCCAUCAACAAUAUAUAAAAUUGGACAACGAUUUCAAACUGUACUUCAACAACUUUUCACAUCAAAUUUACUAGAUCAAACUUAUCAGUCGAUUCAUGAAUCAUCAAGAAUAUUACCUAAUGAAAAGAUUCUUAUGGCAUCAAUGAAUAAUACUCAAACUUUAUUUUCUUCAUCUACUCAUUGUAUACAAUAUGAAAUUAUUAGAUGA